CCAAUGGGAGGUUAAACACUCCUAAGGAGGGGAGUACCCCAUAAUGACUUAAACUGGGAAUUGAGUUUGACAUAAUUAUGUGUAUUGGUAUGUUUGAUGAAAUUACCUGCAUCAUAGUUUUCAAAAUUGAGUUUUGGACUUAUUUGUUUUCAAGUAAUUAUUUUGGGAAAAUUUAGUUUUAACCAAGUGAGAGAGUGGGUAAAGAAUGAAUUUUGUGUGGAUCAAUCUAAGGCCAAUAUUUCCUUGUAGCUCUCACGGAAGUUUUCAUAAUGUUCCUACUGACCAGUCGAGAGGAGUGGGGGAGGUUGAUGCAAGACCGCCAGUAUUAGACUAUGCAAAGAUAAAGAGUUUGGGUAGUAGGGACUUCAAGGGAGAUGUGAGUCCAGAUGUUGUAGUAGAGUGGUUGAGAGAGAUGGAAGAUGUGUUUGAGUAUCUUUAUGCAACCCCAGAGGAAAAAAUGCAAUAUGUUGUUUUUUUCCUAAAUGGGUACGCGAGGAGUUGGUGGUCCUCAGUCUCUAGAGGUAAUGGUGAACGAGUUCAGUUCACCUGGGAGGAGUUCCUGAAGGCCUUUAAGACAGAGUUUCUUCCCGAAGCUUUUAUCAGGGAAAAGAAUAAUGAAUUCGCCAACCUUAAGCAGGAGAACAUGACAGUUACUGGGUAUACCAUCAACUUUGUUCGACUACUCUACUUUGAAGAUAGGUUGGCGGAUAUUGAGCAUAAGAAGAAGAUGAGAUACUUGCAUGGGCUGCGCCUAGGGUUGAAAGAAAAGAUCCACAGGGUUGAUGAAGAGAGCAUGGCCACAAUCAAGGAGGCAGCUUUUAAGUAUGAAGCCUAUGAAGUUUAGGUUCGAGAGGAACACAAGGUGAAGGAGGAAGAAAAGAAAAGGAAGUUAGGAGUAAAUUAUUCUGCACCUCGUUAUCCAUCAAGGAAGGGUCCUAGUGCUUAUGGGAGAAAACCAAGUCAGUCUAUGCCAGGAACAUCAUACAGGGCACUAGUUUCCUCAGCCACACAAUUUCCAUUUUGUCAAGUUUGUCAGAAGAGACAUCUUGGAGAGUGUAGGAGAUUUUCUGGUGUAUGUUUUCAAUGUGGCCAACCUGGGCACAUCAUGAGGGAUUGUCCGCAUUCGAGAGAAGUAAGAGCUACAUUGUCCUAGCCUUCAGUGAAAUUUAGUAGAGCCCCAUUCAAGGGUGAUUACCAGGGAGGCUGUAGUGGAUUUCAGAGUUGUCGUGGUGGUUCACAGGGUGGUAGAGGUGGUGGUCAAAAUCAGCAAUCAAGAAGUGGUACACAGGGUACCAGAGCACAGGGAGCACCGAGGGUUUAUGCAAUGACUUGAGGUGAGGCAGAAGUGGCACCAGAAGUUGUGACUGGUAUGCUUUCUAUCCUUGGCAAGCAAUUAUAUGCUUUGAUCGAUACUAGUUCCUCGCACUCAUUCAUGUCAUAUACAUUUGCACAUAGGCUACGCUUAGUCCCAGAUAAGCUAGGUUAUACCUUAAAUGUUAAAACACCUGUGGGAGAUACCUUGAAGGUAGAUUCGGUUAUUAAAAGUUCCUUCAUUUGUGUGGAAGGAGCUUUCCUAGCAGCAGAUUUAAUUCUGCUACCUUUUGAUGAAUUCGAUGUCAUCCUUGGGAUGGACUUUCUGGAAACACAUGGAGCUGUUGUGGAUUGUCAAAAGAAAGAAGUGUUAUUCAACACACCAGAUAAAUUUCUUGUUGUAUUCCGAGGCAUUAAGAAAAAGGAGACUCAUGGUUUUCUUUCUGCCUUGGAAGCUUUUUGAUUAGUGAAGGAAGGUUGUGAAGCCUUUCUUGCUCAAGUUACUGUUGUAAAUGAGAAGAAGGUUGAGGUUUAGAGGUGGUAAGGGAGUUUCCUAAUGUAUUCCCCGAAGAACUUCAUGGCCUUCUACCAGAAAGGGAAGUAGAGUUUGAUAUUGAAUUGGUACCGGGCACAACACCAAUUUCAAUGGCACCAUAUAGAAUGGCACCAAUUGAGUUGAAGGAGCUUAAAGAACAAUUGCAAGAAUUGCUAGACAAGGGGUUUAUUCGACCUAGCAUCUCACCUUGGGGUGCACUGGUUUUGUUUGUCAAGAAGAAAGAUGGCUCCAUGAGAAUGUGCAUUGACUACUGGAGGUUGAAUAAAGCAACAGUGAAGAAUCAUUAUCCCCUGCAAAGAAUAGAUGACUUGUUUGAUCUAUUGCAUGGUGCAUCAGUCUUUCUAAGAUUGAUUUGAGGUUUGGAUACCAUCAACUAAAAGUGGCAGAUGGAGCGACCUCAAAGACAGCUUUUAGAACAAGAUAUGGGCAUUAUGAGUUCCUGGUAAUGCCUUUUGGACUCACUAAUGCGCCAGAGGUAUUUAUGGCUCUUAUGAAUAGAAUUUUUCAUGAAUA